GACAACCACAAAUCGAGAUUAGAAGCCUGUGACGUCCGGCGUAGACAUGUAAAUUAACCCGGCCGUCUCGCCAUUGGACGAGCGUGUGGACAGCCGCCCUUCAAUUGCAGCAUUAAUAUUUCCUAUAUCAUCUUCUUCUUCCCUGUCCCUUUCUCCUCGACGAAGCGCACACACACAAUGAUGCAAUGUGUUGGUGCACCUAACGCGUACAUAUAUAUAACCAUAAGGUUGCACUCACCUAGUUGCAGACUUGUAGGUGACAGCAAGAGAAAUCCUUCUCCAUUGUCACUGUGUCAGUUUGUUUGUUUAGCACUAGCUGCUGUUGGUGUCCGCAGAGAUGCAGAGGUACACGAAGACGGGUGGUGAGAUAUGGGACAUGGAGAAGAGCCAGAGCCCGCGCAUGGGGAGCGUCAUCCUCGGCGUCGACGGCGGCGCCGGCAACACCGUCUGCGUCUGCAUCCCGGCGGCCAUGCCCUUCGCCGACCCUCUCCCCGUCCUCUCCCGCGCCGUCGCCGGCUGCUCCAACCACAACUCUGUUGGAGAAGAUAAGGCAAGGGAGACACUGGAAAGAGUGAUGGCUCAAGCUCUUCUCAAGGCACGCCGGAGACGAUCAAAUGUAUGUGCUGUCUGCUUGGCUGUGGCUGGCGUUAAUCACCCGAUUGAUCAACAAAGAAUGCUGGACUGGCUGAGGGAGAUAUUUCCAAGUCAUGUCAAGUUGUUUGUAGAGAAUGAUGCGGUAGCGGCAUUAGCAAGUGGAACCAUGGGAAAGCUCCAUGGAUGUGUGUUGAUCGCAGGAACUGGGACCAUAGCCUAUGGUUUCACCAGAGAUGGCAGAGAAGCUAGAGCAGCAGGUGCAGGACCAGUUCUGGGUGACUGGGGCAGUGCAUAUGGGAUUUCAGCACAGGCAUUGACAGCAGUAGUGAGGGCUUAUGAUGGUCGGGGUCCUGAAACAGCGCUUACAAACAGCAUCCUUGACUUCCUUGGACUCGCAUCACCAGACGAAUUGAUAGGCUGGACAUAUGAAGACCAAUCUUGGGCGCGAAUAGCUGACCUUCUUCCGGUUGUGGUAGAAUCUGCUGAAGCUGGUGAUGAAGUAGCAAACAAGAUCUUGCACAAUUCAGUUGGUGAACUAGCUUCCAGUGUCAAGGCUGUAGUGCAAAGACUUGAAUUGAGCGGUGAAGAUGGAAAAGACCAUUUUCCUCUUGUUAUGGUUGGUAAAGUUCUCAUGGCAAACAAGAGAUGGGACAUUGGAAAAGAAGUGAUAGAUUGUGUUACCAAAACUUAUCCAGGAGCCUAUCCAAUACACCCCAAGGUGGAACCAGCUGUUGGUGCAGCACUGUUGGCAUGGAAUGCUGUAGCAAGUGAAUUAGACGGUAGUCCUCGGACUGUUGCCUAGAAUGUGAUCUUCCAUCAUAUUCUUGUAUAUUACAUUAGUGUUUUGCAUUUGUUGCACCAAGUUGCUUUGGAUAUUUGUAAUCGUUUCAAGAAGCACCAUCAUGAGAAAGAUAAAGAAACUAGUGUAACCAGAA